AGCUUACAAAGUGUCCAAAUUGGUCACAUCCGGAUUACAUUAGUCUUUUUUGAGCGUUCUAAAGCACUCUUAAGAUCAUUUGGCUCUUCAGUACUAAGCCCUCCCUGAUAAGAACUUGAAGUUGAAUACUCUGUUUACCUGGACAAUUUAGUUUUUGAGGUAAAUCAUACCUACUGCUCGUUUUCUACAAAGUGAAGUUUCUCAGAAGUGAUAAAAUAGUUGUGCACGAUUUUUCUCUGAUAGAACGUGGUCUUCAUAUAAGACGGAAACCUAUUUAAUUUUAAUUUCGUCAAAAAAGAGCAAGUAGGGAUUCACACGGACUUCAAAAGCGUAGGAAAUGAAAAAUGCACUUGGAAUAUUUUCUUGCCUUGCGCUUUACUGGUUUCAAUCGAUUAUGGGCCAAUUUGAUCUGGGAAUGGAAGGAGACAGAAGAGUAAUCGUUCAACUUUUUCAAUGGCCUUUCGAUGACAUUAGACGUGAGUGUGCAAAUGUCUUAGGCCCCCAAAAGUUUGGAGGUGUUUUGACAGCGCCUAUCACUGAAAAUGCUGUGCGCAAAGUCGUGGUUAAUGGCAGAACGAUGAGACCUUGGUGGGAGGUUUACCAAGUUGUCUCCUGGGACAUUAAUUCAAGGCAUGGAACCGAACAACAGUUUAAACAAAUGGUUGAAGAAUGCAACAAAAAUAACGUCAGAGUGUACGUGGAUGCUGUGUUCAACCACGGUGUCGGUAACAUUGAUGGUGGUGAUGGCGAAGUGUUGGGCGUUGGAGGAACUCAUGCUAAUGCACACACUAGAAAAUAUCCUGGCCUUGGGUACACUGCAGAAAAUUUUCAUAAAUCGUGCCUAAUGGACUGGGAAGAUAGAACCGCUGUUCGAAUUUGUGAACUUGCUGGCCUUCAGGACGUGAAUCAAACGCAACCUUACGUUCAGGAUAAAAUUGUGGCAUUUCUCAACAAAUUGAUUGAUUAUGGCGUCGGUGGAUUUCGAAUCGAUGCAACCAAGCACAUGUGGCCGGAGGAUUUACGGAAAAUUUACAACCGAUUGAAAGACAUUUCUUUCGACAAUGGAAAAAAUUUCAUCAGGCCUCCUUGGAUGUUAGAAAAUUUUGAUGAUGAUGGGGAUUAUCAGGAGGAUUACAAAGAUGUAGGAUCAGAGUACGAUUUUUCUUUUAUGAAGCUACUGACUCCUGCUAUCAAGAGUGGCUCUGUAAAUAUGUCAACCAUCUAUAAUUACGUAAAAAGUCCUACUUAUUUAAGUAAAACAAAGCAAGAUUUUGGCACAAAUCACGAUUUGCAACGCUGGCAUUGGGCGAAAGGUUUUGCGGAAUCACCGGCACAUACAGGAAUACAACAGGUGAUCAACGCUUUCCUCUUGACGUUCUCGAGAGAGGUGCCAAACAUUUUCUCCGGAUACCGUUUCGCGUCGACAGAAUUGGAUGGAGGACCACCUUCGGACGAGUUGGAUAAUAUUAUCUCUCCAGAAAAUUGCAGCCACGGUUGGUUGUGCGAGCAUAGGCACAAGCCUCUACAGUGGCUCGUCAAGUACUUCUCGAAUCUUGUCCAAGACGCACCCGUCGAAUCUUGGUGGACCAACUGGCCAAAUGGAUCUCCUCAGCAAGCUGCGUUCACAAGGGGUCGUGACGGCUUCGCAGUUUUUAACGCAGACACAAAAGCCAUCAGUCAGACUUUUAAGGUAUCUUUACCACCGGGCGUCUACUGUGACCUUGCAACCGGUUAUUACUGCCACCACCAUCAGAUGUGCAUGGGCGUAAAAGGAACAACGCAGAGGCAAGUGGAAGUGAAGGAGGACGGCACCGUAGAAGUCUCUCUACCCGGGAUGAUACGGCCAGCUUCAUCCGCAGGCGACAAUGUAGUGCCCUCCGAGCCUCCUUACCUCGCCAUCAGUAUCAAGUCGAUGAUCCCACCACGAGGCAGCGAAACCCAAAAUGACCUGAUUGGAAUGAUCGGCUGGAUCGUGCUGGGCAUUGCUGCGGUUGUGUUCAUUGUUUUGGUCUCUUGGUUCUUGCUCAGGAAUUCCAAAUCGAAAAGAGGCAUCGAUAUCAAGGAAUGAGGUUCAUCAGCAGUUUAUGAUUAUAAUUCGGUCGAGUGAUUGAAUCAAGUAUCACUGGAAAAAAAAACACAUUGGAUCUAGAGUCCAGACUCUUAAAAACAUUGACAAGAAAAAGUACUCUUGAUUCAAUUAGAAUCUAGCUUAAAUCAAGAACCAAGCCUCUUAAUUUAAGCGGAUUUUGUUUUGAUUCAAGCAAAAAUCCGAUUGAAUCAAGAGUAUUUUUUCUUGUCAACAUUUCUAAGAGUCUGGACGCUAGAACCAUGUGUUUUUUUUCCAGUGAACGUUGUUUGUCUAUGUGAAGUUCAGCCUUGGGUCCAUCAUCAAUAGCAGCAGAAAGAGACGAGCAACAUGUAAACAAUCUACAAGCAUUUAAAUUAGCAAGUUUUAAUUAGCAGCAAUACUGCCGUGCUGAGAAAAUACGCCGUAUGAACCUUCAGGCGUUGUCAAAUUUCCUUUGAUAAAACACGAAUUUCCUGGUAAACUCAUGAAUAUUUUUCUUCCAAUUUCCAGAUAAUUUUUCUCGCAAUUUCAAUAAAAAGUCCUGAAAAUUUUGGGGGAAAAUAAUCAUAGCUUUCCUUAAAAACGAACAUUUUAUCGAAGGAAAUUUGGCAACUUUCGAAGAUUCAUACGGCGUUGUUCCUUAGCAUGGCAAAUUAAUACCUUGGUCCAAUCACUCAACCGAAUUAUACAUUCAUAGAUGCAAGAUGCGACCCUUCAAAACAAACCUAUGACUACAGGUCAAAUCAGCUUCCAGGAACGAAAAUGGGAACGAAAAAUUCCCAAAAAUGAUCGAGAGCGCU